UCCGCGGCCGCCGCUACCACCAUCACCACCACAGUCACCGCCGUCCGGGGCGCAGCCGGCCGCACGAUGCAGGGCGGGUGUCCCCGGGGCGCUCCGAUCCACAGUCCGAGCCACAGCGCAGACAGUGGGCAUGACUUACCGCCUGCAGUAGCCCCUCAGAGGCGGCGGCUGACACGGAGACCAGGCUACAUGAGAAGCACAGCCGGUUCUGGGAUCGGGUUCCUCUCUCCAGCAGUGGGCAUGCCACACCUGAGCUCAGCAGGGCUGACAGGCCAGCAGUUCCAACACUCACAGUCCAAGGCUGGACAGUGCGGACUUGACCCUGGGAGCCACUGCCAAGCCUCCUUGGUGGGCAAGCCUUUUCUCAAGAGCUCCCUUGUCCCUGCUGUGGCCUCUGAGGGCCACCUGCACCCAGCCCAGCGCUCUAUGAGAAAAAGACCACUGCACUUUGGGGUUCAUUCCAAGAAUGACAGCAGACAAUCUGAGAGGCUGACUGGGUCAUUUAAGCCUGAGGACAGUGGGUGUUGGCAAGAAUUAUUAUCUUCAGACAGCUUUAAGUCUCUGGCUCCUAGCCUUGAUGCACCCUGGAACAAGGGAUCAAGGGGCCUGAAGACUGUGAAACCUCUGGCAUCAACGGCGUUGAAUGGCCCCGCUGACAUCCCAUCCCUUCCCCAUUUCCAAGACACCUUUACUUCCAGCUUCAGCUUCAUCCAACUCUCCCUUGGUGCUGCUGGAGAACGCGGAGAAGCAGAAGGUUGCCUGCCAUCCAGAGAGGCUGAACCUCUGCAUCAGAGGCCCCAAGAGAUGGCAGCUGAAGCAUCUAGCUCAGACAGGCCCCACGGGGACCCUCGGCAUCUCUGGACCUUCAGUCUUCACACUGCUCCAGGCUUGGAGGACUUGGCUCAGGUGACAAGGAGCAGCAGCAGGCAACCGGAAUGUGGCACGGUCUCCUCCUCGGAUGCUGGCUUCUCUUCCCAGGAUGCAUCUUCCGCUGGUGGGCGGGGCGACCAGGGCGGCAGCUGGGCGGAUGCCCAUGGAUGGCAUACUUUGCUCAGGGAAUGGGAGCCCAUGCUGCAGGACUACCUACUGAGUAACCGCAGGCAGCUGGAGGUCACAUCCUUAAUUUUAAAGCUUCAGAAAUGUCAAGAGAAAGCGGUCGAGGAUGGCGAUUACGAUACUGCAGAGACAUUGAGACAGAAGUUGGAAGAACUGGAACAGGAGAAAGGCCGCCUGUCCUGGGCUCUGCCUUCACAGCAACCUGCUCUUCGCAGCUUCUUGGGUUACCUGGCAGCACAGACACAGGUGGUCUUGCAUGGAGCCACCCAAAGGGCUGGCAGCGAUGAUCCAGAAGCCCCACUUGAGGGACAGCUGAGGACCACUGCCCAGGAUAGCCUGCCUGCAUCCAUCACCAGGAGGGACUGGCUUAUUCGAGAAAAACAGCAAUUGCAGAAGGAAAUCGAAGCUCUCCGAGCACGGAUGUCUGCGCUUGAGGCAAAGGAAAAACGGCUGAGCCAAGAGUUGGGGGAGCAGGAGGUGCUGUUCCGGUGGCCGGGCUGUGACCUGAUGGCACUGGUGGCCCAGAUGUCCCCAGACCAGCUGCAGGAGGUCAGCAAGGCCUUGGGAGAGACCCUGACCUCUGACAGCCAGGCUCCCUUCCACGUGGAGCCACCUGAGACCCUCAGGAGCCUCCAGGAAAGGACAAAAUCACUGAACCUGGCUGUCAGAGAACUCACUGCUCAGGUGUGCUCAGGUGAGAAGCUGUGCAGCUCUCUGAGGAGGAGACUCAGUGACCUCGACACCAGGCUGCCUGCCUUGCUGGAAGCCAAGAUGCUGGCCCUAUCAGGAAGCUGCUUCUCCACAGCCAAGGAGCUCACGGAGGAGAUUUGGGCCUUGUCGUCAGAGCGGGAAGGGCUAGAGAUGUUCCUGGGCAGGCUGUUGGCACUCAGCUCCAGGAACAGCAGAAGGCUGGGCAUCGUCAAAGAGGAUUACCUCAGGUGCAGGCAGGACCUGGCACUCCAGGACGCCGCCCACAAAACACGCGUGAAGGCAAACACUGUGAAGUGCAUGGAAGUGUUGGAGGGUCAGCUGAGCAGCUGCAGGUGCCCACUGCUUGGGAGAGUGUGGAAAGCAGACUUGGAGGCUUGUCAGUUGCUGAUGCAGAGCCUGCAGCUCCAGGAAGCAGGCAGCAGCCCACACGCAGAGGAUGAGGAGCAGGUGCAUAGCACAGGAGAGGCCGCCCAGACAGCUGCCCUGGCUGUCCCUCAAACACCCCACCCUGAAGAAGAAAAGUCCCCCUUGCAGGUGCUCCAGGAGUGGGACACCCACUCAGCUCUUUCACCACACUGUGCUGCAGGCCCACGGAAAGAGGAUUCUCACAUCGUUUCUGCUGAAGUUGGAGAAAAGUGUGAAGCCAUAGGCGUGAGGCUCCUACACCUGGAAGACCAGCUUCUCGGGGCCAUGUACAGUCACGACGAAGCUCUCUUUCAGUCUCUCCAGGGGGAGCUCCAGACUGUGAAGGAAACACUGCAGGCCAUGAUCCUGCAGCUCCAGCCAACAAAGGAGGCAGGAGGAGAGGCCUCAGCUUCCUAUCCGACAGCUGGUGCUCAGGAAACGGAGGCCUGAGGUCCUGCUUUUUCUCCAUUCAAAACCAAACAUGAAAUGGCCACUAUACCUGCCGGGGUCUUUCUACAGACACUCCAACGCCAGGAGCCCACAAACCUCAGAGUCUGUGCAGGUCCUUAGUUCCCCAGACCAAUUCCUCUGGGGUCUCUGCUCAGUCUCAGGAGAUGUCUACAGGGUGCCUCAGCAAGGUGCAGCCUUUAUGUUCCAAGGCAAUGGCUGCAGCACAGAACCACCACUGCCUCUGCUGCAGCCACCAGCACCACCAGCACCACCAGCAGUGCUUGCUGCUGCAUCAAGUCAUUCUGAGAUUCCGGCCAAUGAGGUGAGAGGCGAGAAUGUGAGGAGAGGCGUGGGUGCAGGAAGAGACAAUGGACACGUUGAGCCUCUCCAGGGAAUUACGACCGACCGUCAUGGAGCCUGAAGAGCAGUGUCUAUUCACUGAGGCAAUGUGGACUCAGACAGGCAGCUCACUGCUCCAUAAUGGUGAGCAGUAAGUUCCUGUGGAUUGCUCCCUGGGUUCAGCGGAGGCUCCUCCUGGGGCAGCUGCAGGCAGGUUGUUCAAACAGGCUGAAGAGACGAACUAAGAAAGUAUGUCAGGUAGUUUUCUGUUGCUGUGAAAAACUACCUGGCAAAAGCAAC